UCAUGCCACCUGGAAGUUGUGCGCUACGCCGUUGACUGUCCGGUGGAAGGGGAUGGGAGAGUCGUUAGGCCGGCAGGGGUGGGCAAUGGUGACAUCGAGCAGAUAGUCAUGGUCGUCGAUCACGCAGUAGAUGUCCGUGCGCUGGCUGUUGGGGUUGUCGUCAAGCGGGGUGACACCGAGGCUGUGCAGAGGCACCUCCACAUUGGAAGGAACGUCUGUCCCACCAAGGAUGCGAACAAACAAGUUGCGCAU